UUCUUUCUCUCUCUCUCUUUUUAGAGUUUCAACUGUAGAAAAGCCCCUUUAAGUACCGCCAGAACUUUAACACUUCGAACCUUCCUCUUUCUCUCUCUCUCUCUUACUCUUUCGGUGUAUAUUGUGCACUGCCAUGAACAAGAAAAGGAAGCACACGUAAAAUUGGAGGAAUUAAAAAUGGGAGGUGGAGGAGAGAAUAGCUACAACUACAGUUACAGUGCAUGGGCACCAACAGGAGCGCCAUUGAACAACGUGCAGAGAGAAGAUCACUGGAGACACUUCGACAACUCCGUUAACGCGGUGUCAUUUGGCUUUGUAGCUACUGCUAUUCUCAUCUCUAUGUUCUUGGUCAUGGCCAUUUUUGAAAGAUUCCUUAGACCCACUUCGCCAAAUGGUAAUGGCUCUCAUGGUGAUCUUGAAUCUCAGUUGCCCUUCAAUCCUAAGCUUCGCUACCCUUCACCCAAAAUGACUGUAUAUGCCAAUGGUGUUUCUGUGUUGAUGCCCGGGGAUGAAAUUCCUACUUUCAUUGCCCACCCAGCUCCAGUGCCCUGUCCUCCUGAACGCAUUUCUUGGCCACACCAUCAACACUGCCCUUUGUCCAAUUCCACCACUAACUCAAAUUCAAACUCAAGCUCUAUACGAGAAGACUAAUACCCAUUAAACUGCUCCUUGCUACAUUUCAAGUCACAUACCUGAGAACCCAAGGAAAAUGAAUUAUUUGUGAAGACAAGCAAGAAUGUUGAAUAUGCACCAGGUGUUGCCUUUUUUCAACCUUUCCACCCUUGUGCUAUUUAUGUUUUGUAUAUAGCAUUAGUUAUUGCCCUGGAUUCAGCGAUAUUUAAAAAUUUUUCCAGUAUGCAUGAUCCGAAAGUAUGGUCUUCUGGAGCCAUCAAAUGGAUCACUCUACGUGUAAAAAAAAAAAAAAAAUUAGAAGAUGAGGAAUAUAAUUCUUGUUGAGUUAA